AAAUGUGCAGUGCAUGUCCAAACACACUCUGUGCCAGACGAGGAACCGCAUACUCAGAACUUGCUUGCUUUGGCAUGCCGCAACACUGACCUAGAUAUUGGCCAUUCCCUGAACUUUCCGUGGAACAGUCGCCGUGCUUUGUGUGUUCCUUGAAGAGUAUAGGCCUACCCCGAAGUUUAGAAGGUGGACCUCGAACGGUUUUUGUGGCGUUUCGUUGUCUUAUUAUCGUGACGCAGCUAUGGCUCGGACAACGAUCCUGGGACAUACGCUGGCGGUGGUGUGGUUUGGGGUUUUGGCCAGUGCCUUGAGGGACAACCCUAACCCAGACAUGGAGCAGAGAGAGGUCACAUUUGACUUGGCUGACAUUUGGGGAUUUGAAGGACCUGACAUGGGCCAGAAAGAGAUAUCAGAAGAUCUGCUGGCUGAGUUGGGUUUUACAGAGGUACAGCCCGCUAAUCCAUCAGGUCCUGCUAUGUUCAGUCCUCGUGGUGCGCCCCCUAGAGUCGUGUUUCCGCCUGGCCAGCCCACCGCUCAGAACCUCCAGGCUAUCUGCCUCCAGGGGGGAAGCCGGCCCAGGUAUCCCCAGGGCACGCUGCCCUCGACUGGGUUCAGCCACCUGUCCAGACAGGCCGAUGCCAUCCACCGCGUGGAGGCCUGGUACGGCCAGCAGUGCUGCCAAGGGGACUGGCAGCAGCACGUGGACAGGACAUUAUGCUGCACCCGACAGGCCUGGAGGGAGGCCCUUCAUCAGUUUUGCGAGGACGAGUUUGGCAUCAAGACGAGGCACUACCACUGCUGCAAUCUUCGGAAGAAGGCCCGAUGGGCGUGCUUUGAGAGGGAGGCCCCCAACCCCUCCUACCAGCCCAGCAGGCCCUACAGCGGGCCCAACGUCCCGCCCCGACACACACCUGUAUUCACCUUCAAUAACAGCACCUGUUCCAGGACAGGGAAUGAGGCAAAGGGCGUGCUUCCGCGGGCCCUGAAAGGCAGCAAUGGAACGGAGACCAGCAUUCCCGACAUCAUUUUCCCCCCGGCACGGCCCUCCGCCUCCAACAUCCGCCACGUCUGCAAGCUGCGUAAGGCACGGCCCCUAUACAACGCCGGCUGCCUGCCACGGGGGGGCUACGGCUGGCUGGCGCGGCAGGCAAAGUCCGCUAACCGUCUGGAGCGAGGCUACAAGAGUUGCUGCAAGGGCAAGGUCAAGGUGCUGGCCUGCGCCACGCAGAAGUGGGAAGAGGAGAUGAAGCGUUUCUGUGGCGAUGAGCAUGUGGCGAAGGCUAAAAAGGAUCAGUGCUGCGCGGAGAAGGGAGCCCAGAAGCAGCUGGCCUGCCUGGCCUCCAAAGCUCCGGACCAGGACUAUAUGGAUCCCAUGCUGCAACGCGAGCUCACACACGACACUCCCCACCCCCGCCGCAUCUGCGACACACACAAGAUCCUCAAGAAGCUUCAGGUUAAGUUGCCAGUGGACGCUAUGGUGAAGAAAUGCUGCCACCUGGAGGACGUAGAGAAAGUUGCAUGUUUGACGGACACAAUGACGGAGUUUCAGGAGGAGCAAUGCAAAGUGCAGCCUCCUUCCACUGUGUCGGCAUCGGAGUGCCGCGGACCAAACCAAGCCAAGUGCCUCUCAGACCUCCUCACCAAGUCCAUCGCCAAGGCAAUGAAGACCAAGGGUUUCAGUCGGAGAAGAUGUCCACUCAAGAGGCUACACUGAUUUCUUCUUUACAUUUUUAAUGGAACAGUCCAAUGUGUUUCACUACUGAACUAUGUUCUUCUCUGAUAUUAUACAAGUUAAUGCACACCUCUCUGGUAGAUGAGAGCUUGAUUGUGUGUGGAUAUGUGGAUAUAUGUACGUUGAGGACCCUCUCAAAAAUAAGAUGUUCAUUUCAAGGGGCUAUCCUUAUAUAGUAAAGAAUUUGAAUUUGUGCCAGAACAUAGCUCAGUAUGGAAAGAUGGUGGAUUGUUCCUUUAAAGGUUUAGUAUGUUAUUUUAGUUGUUUAUUUUCAAAAUGUAUGUCAUCAAUUCAGAAAUGGGAUAAUAUAAUGGAUAUUUAGUAAUAAACUAAUGUGCACUAUGUGACCAAGGCACAGUAAGUUUAGCCAAAUAUGUAUAUUACUGGAAAUUCAAAAUGGUGGACAAGGAGAAGAUUUACGUUUUCAUGUACAACAAAUUUGAUAGUUAAAUAAACAUGAAAGUGAUACCAUUUGUGAAUAACCAGCAUAAGUUCUGGAAAUAAACUAUUAAAAAAACAUAGUCUAUCUUUGAAAAAGAACCCUUCAAUAAUGGAUAAGUGGGUCAAUAUGAAAUAAUGGUACCUAGCCACUGACACGCAGACUUUUACUUUUUCACUUUUUUACCACUGAUUUUAUUCUAAUAGAAAAUGUAUUUCUGUUACCUGGGGUUUUGUAUGUUUUUUUUAUAAACUACAUUUUCUAUGUUUGCAAAACCUUUUACACGGCCAGUUUGAAUGUCUUAUAUCUUGUGUGGCAAAAUAAACAUCAAUUCUGCUAAAUAAAGAAAAAACAUUGUCAACAACCAUACAAGUUGCUUCUCCAUUGUU